ACAAUCCCUAAAGAGAACGGCAGCUGUCAAAUUUAUUAGUAUAAGCCAUGGGGGAUGUUCCAUUCUCUCAUUGAUUAUACAUGUACUACUAAUUAUCUCGUCUCGAUCCCCACCAAAUAUAGUGUACAAUCCCUAAUAUGGCGGCCAUUGUCCAUUCCCAUGGUUUAUGAUUAUCUUCACCCCCGUUAUAUGCGGUAUUGUACAGUCCCCUGUGACAAUUUUUUUGCUCCAUUCCCCACAAAUUGUGCCACAACCAACUCCAGCGACGUGAUUUCAGCCUGGGUAUUGUCCUAGCAGAUGGGAAGGGGAAAACAUUGCGUUGUUUUUCUCUUUUGGGACUCUGAAAUUCGAAAAACUCCCCAGCAUAGAGGACUACUUUCUUCUGCCUUGCUUUCUACUAAAUGGCUGACCUGGGGGACCUGAGCCUCCGUGACGUCAUUAGCGCGGUCCUCCCUGCCCAGGGCCUCCUCAGCUGAAGACGUAAGCGAUGACGUUGUUCCUCUAGCUGCAGCCUACAGAGCUGAGGAGGGGCGCGGAGCUGAGCUGUCAGGGUUUCAGUCGUUUUUAGAUCAAAGUAACCACAGCGACAUAGUCCUUCGUAUCCAUUACCCAACCGAGUCCGAGCAGUAAGGAUCCAGGAGGCUGGGUGAACAUCGGCACAAAAGCGGGCAGGUUCGCCUUCAGCACGUUCAGACGACAGAUGGAUCCAGAGGCAGCGCAGACGACAGUGAGAGGGCCCCUCAUGCCAGGUGCGCUCCGUAACUGGUCCGCCAACGCCAGCGAUGACAUUUCCUCCAGUUCCCUGCCCUACGGACCAGACGACCUGCACCCUUCCACCCUGGUGGCCAGCACCUUUCUCCUGGUGGCCGUCUUUCUGGUAGGGACCGUGGGCAACACCGUCAUCUUCCUGUCGGCCUUCCAGAGCUGGGGAAAGAAGCUGCGCACAGGCUUCGACCUGCUCAUCUUCGACCUGACCGUUUGUGACUUUAUCGCCUGUGCCGUGGUGACUCCCGCCUUCACCGUCUGCCUGUUCCGUGACCCGGCGCCCAGCCUGGCCAAACCCUUUUGUAACGUGUUUGUAUUCUUCAGCACCACCUGCACAUUCAUGUCCCUCUCUACACUGGUGGCCAUUGCACUGCACAGACUCACCAUGGUCAAGUCGCAGGCCAAGCGGCCUAUCUCCUGGCGAGGCGCCGUCCUGGUGCUGGCCGGGUACCAGCGGACAACUCGGCUGGAGGCGAUCGGGGACGGAGAUCUUGAACUGAAUCGAAACAAAUCCUCGCACCAGGAUCGGAUGGGCAUGGACGAUGUUCCGGAGCCCAGCCGGGUUGACCGUGCUGUGGGGCCGAGCUACACACACGGGCGGUCCCAGAGAACACCGUGUGGUGCCAGGCUGACGGGCAGGCUUCGCCCAAGAUGGGAGAUCUCCACGGACUUAAAACGGUCCAUCUCGAAGUCUAGAAGGGACUCUUAUAUCGUGCCAACCGACAGUAGGGCAGACGGGCCCACCCAGCUGGGCUAGGACCGACAUUAGGGCAGACUGCGGACCCUACGAGGAAGGAGGGAAGGAAAAUCAGAAGGGCAGACAGGCCCUCCCAGCUAAUUAAAAGAGUCGUUCGGGACUGGAUGUUACGUAUUCGCCAUAUUGACAUG